UGCACGCGCGGAGCCGCCGCGGGUCCGACCGGCUCGCGGGCGGGUCGCCCUAUCAGGUGCGGACCGCCCGACUCGUUUCCACCCACCGGAGCCUCGCGGGACCCACCUCCCGCCGCACGCUCACACUCCGCUCUGCGUCACCGGGACACGAGCUGCCGCCUCUGCUGCGCCUCCACGCGACCCGCGGCUCCCUGGAUACUGAGACCACGAGACCUUUCGUUCCCGCCACCACGUCCCGGACCCUUCCUCUGCUUUUGAACCCUUUGGUUGAGGCUUAUUGACGGCUGCAGGUUCUAAGUUCGUUCGGACCCUCCGUUCGCCGUUGCUGCCGGUUCAGAGUCUGCUCGGACCCUCCGGUCCCCGUUGCUGCCGGUUCAGAGUCUGCUCGGACCCUCCGGUACCCAGUGCUGCCGGUUCAGAGUCUCCUCUGACCCUCCUCCGGUCACUGCUGCUCUCCGGUGCCGCUAGUGCUCUGACAGAUCGCGCCGUCCGUCGCCAGGUGUCGUCAUGCGCCGCAGGCACGCGCGGCUCUGAGGAGAGGUCCGCGGUGGUCCCUCUCGCGGUCAGGCGCGUGCAUCCACCUUUCCACGUGAUUGACGUGUCCAUUGUACUUGUUUUUACUUGUUUUUUUGGGUGCAAAUUUAUAAUUUUUGCUGAGAAUCUUUGAGUUCUGACUGAUCGCCCCCGUCGGGCAGCCUCGUCCCGGGACAUCGGGCUCCAGCCCCCCCCCCCCCCCCCGGGGGUGUUUGGGAUAAUUUCUGAUGUUGCGCCCCGUACCGCCGCCGCCCCGCGCUGAUCUGUCAUUACACUGGAAUUCAACGGUGUGUGUGAGCCCGCCCUGGAGGAGCGGGUCUGUCCGCGUCCCGGGCUGUGAUCUGUGAGACAGGUGUCUCUCAGGUGUCUCUCUCACCAUGUCGGUCAUCCCGUCCAGGCUCGUGUACCUGUGUUUACAUUUGCUGGUCCUCUAUUUUCAACUCCAGGAGUCCCAGCAGACCUCGGCUGACUUCCGGUUCUACAUCGAGAACCACACACGGAACCCAGAGGACCUGAGCCGCAAGCAGGUGCGGAUCUACCAGCUGUACUCCCGCACCACGGGGAAGCACGUCCAGGUGAUGGGCAAGAGGGUCAACGCCAACGGAGACGACGGCGGCAAGUUCGCGCUCCUAGUGGUCGAGACGGAGACCUUCGGCAGCCACAUCCGAAUCAAGGGCAAGGAGAGCGAGCACUACAUCUGUAUGACGGACAAGAAGAAGAUAGUGGGCCGGCAAGACGGACGUAAGCAGGAGUGUGUGUUCGUGGAGGAGUUCCUGGAGAACAACUACACAGCGCUGGUGUCGGCCAAGUACAAGGGCUGCUACCUGGGCUUCAACCGCAAGGGCCGGCCCAAGAACGGCUCGCGCACCGCGCAGACGCAGCAGGAGGUGCACUUCAUGAAGCGUCACCCCAAGGGCAAGGAGGACCCCCUGGAGGAGUUCCGCUUCACCACAGUCACCAAGGCAACACGCCGCGUGCGUCGCUUAAAGCUCCACCCGCGGCGGAACUGACGGAGCCUCCUACCGCCGCUGCCGCCGCGGGGAUGCUACCGCGGCUCUGGUUUUAUUAUUUUUGUAAAAAGAAUCUCGAAACUUUUUUUGUCCCGUGGUGAAAAAUCACAAAAACACAAAACAAACGUUUGAGGAACUUUAUUUGUUCUGCGAUAGAACGAGGAACCGGGAGAGGAGCGGAGACGAGGCGGAGGAGAAAUCAAAGAUGUUUUAUUUUUUUAUUGUGGACUGCGGGACGGGUGGUGUUGAGGUGGUGUUGAGGUGUCGGGGUGGUGCUGAUGCUGGAGCUGACGUGAGCGGGGAGGGGGGCUCGCUUCGGGACAGAGAGCGACUGACAUCAGUGCGGACCCCACACCCUGAGCAGCCCCCCCUACGAGCCUUUAUGGGAAUACCGUGUUGCUUUCUGUUUGCGUUGCCCCUGACGACGCAGACUCCAUACUUUCCAGUGGAAUCAGGAGCCAUGGAGACGAGGCUGUGACACCCGGCCCACCUGACAGUCGCUGCUCUCUCUCUCUCUCUCUCUCUCUCUCUCUCUUUCUCUCUCUCUCUCUCUCUCCGCCUCGCUCCAUAGUCUCUCUCCCGCCCGCCGCUGGCUUGGCCGUGCUCGCGGGCUAGCCGGGUGGAAUGCGCGGCGAUGAGCCGUCCCUGAACGAGAGGGCGACAUGCUUUGACUAGUCCGCAGAGUGCGCCGCUCUCUUGUUUAAACACUGCGGGGGGGGGGGGGGGGGGGCUGUGUUUGAUCUGAUUCAUAUUCUCCGCUGUCUUCAAACCUCAUCACAUCACGAUUUAAUCCCUGCUCCUCCUCCUCCUCCUCCUCACCUGAUCCUCACCUCCUCAUCUCCUUCUCCUCAGCUGAUCCUCCUCGCAACCUUCACCUUCUCCCCUUCCUCCUCCUUCUCCUUCUCCUCCCCCUCUUUUCCUCUUUCCCCUCUCCUCCUCUUCUUCCUCCUCUUCUUCCUCCUCCUCCUCCUCCUUCUCCUCUUCCACCUCCUCCUCCUCCUCCUCUUCAAACCCGGUCCGCAUCUUCAUCAUCUUUCUCUGUGUGUAGACAGAACUCGACCAAAACCAGAUUGACAUUAAAUCAAAUUCACGUCCAAUGAAGGAAAUGUGAAACGACGGGACAGAUGUAUCGGUGAACUUUGAUCUCUGCUGUCCACAAGGUCAUCUAUAUGAUGAUCAUCAUCAUCUUCGACAUCAUCAUCAUCAUCAUCAUCAUCAUCAUCUCCAUGUCCUCCCUUCUCAUUAGACGAUUUGAACCUGAGACUUACAGGAAACAGAGAGCCCCCAUGUUGCAGUUCAGACAGCCACAGGUCAAAGUUCACAGGCCUCUGUUGAACCCUAGGAAGCUGUGUCCUCUUCCUCACCCUCCUCCUCCUCCUCCUCUUCCUCUGGACUCCUAACCCCUCCGAUUCAUGUACCAACCCUUCUUUUUUUUAAGCAAAUGUAAACAAAGUAAUUUUAAGACUAUUAUGAAGAUAUUUAUUGCCUCUCUUUGUAAAUACAAUGUGAUGAGUUCUAUCUGGCCUCUGCUAAUAAAACGAGGACUAUAUUUAAAAA